GUCACACCCGGGGGGACUCGCCGGGACCUGUCCGUCACUUACAGCCACGAGCAGCGGGCGCCGGUCUGAAAGCGGUCCGUCGGUGUGCAUUUUAAGGGUAGGCCGCGCGGAAGGGGCAUCUCUCGGAUUCAGAUUGUUCGCGAACCUGAGCUGGUGUCGAGUGCCAUUAUGAGAUGUCGUCUCUCGGAGCCUCCUUCGUGCAAAUCAAGUUCGAUGACAUCCACUUCUACGAGAACUGCGGUGGGGGCAGCUUCGGAAGCGUCUACCGAGCCAAGUGGAUCUCGCAGGACAAAGAGGUGGCGGUGAAAAAGCUGCUGAAGAUUGAAAAUGAGGCUGAAAUCCUGAGUGUCCUCAGCCACCGAAACAUCAUUCAGUUCUUCGGAGUGGUCCUGGAGGCGCCCAAUUAUGGCAUCGUCACAGAGUAUGCCAGCGGAGGGUCUCUGUACGAAUACCUGUCCAGUGAGGAGAGUGAGGAGAUGGACAUGGGUCAAGUCAUGACCUGGGCCAUGGAGAUAGCCAAAGGAAUGCACUAUUUACACUCUGAGGCCCCGGUGAGGGUCAUUCACAGAGACCUGAAAUCCCGCAAUGUGGUGAUGACCGCGGACAAAGUACUAAAGAUCUGUGACUUCGGGGCCUCCAGGUUCCACUCCCACACGACGCACAUGUCCCUGGUGGGCACGUUCCCGUGGAUGGCCCCCGAGGUGAUCCAGAGCCUGCCAGUGUCUGAGACCUGUGACACGUACUCCUACGGGGUGGUGCUCUGGGAGAUGCUGACUCGGGAGAUACCGUUUAAGGGGCUGGAGGGUCUGCAGGUGGCUUGGCUGGUGGUGGAGAAGGGCGAGAGACUGACCAUUCCCAGUAGCUGCCCCGCCAGCUUCGCCGAGCUGAUGAGGAAGUGCUGGCUGACCGAGCCCAAGGAAAGACCAAUGUUCAAACAGAUCCUGAUGACCCUGGAGUCGAUGUCCAAUGACAGCCAGCUGCCGGACCAGUGCAAUUCCUUCUUACACAACAAGGCCGAGUGGAGGUGUGAGAUCGAGGCCACGCUGGAGAGGCUGAAGAAGCUGGAGAGAGACCUGAGCACCAAGGAGCAGGAGCUGAAGGAGAGGGAGCGGCGCCUCAAGAUGUGGGAGCGCAAGCUGAUGGAGCAGUCCAACACUCCUUUGCUUCCAACGCUCGAUAUUUACGGCUGGACAGAAGAGCAUGUGCAUUUUUGGCUGAAGCAAAUUUUUAAUGCAGGCCAGGACGCCUCUGAUAUGCAGCUGUAUGCAGACCUGUUUAAGCAGAACCACAUCACAGGGAAGAGACUGCUGCUGCUGACAGAGGCAGACAUGAGGGACCUGGGGGUCAGGUCCAAAGGUCAUAUCAUUCACCUCAAGAGUGAGAUUGAGAAGUUAACCAAUGAUUACCUGGGACUGUUCCACUUCCCUCCUUUGAUGAAGGAGGAGGAAGAUGAGGAGGAGGAGGAGAGGAAGGUCAUUAACCUGGAGCUGGUCUUUGGGUACCACUGGAAAGCCGGGACUGGUCCACAGGACUGCAAAUGGAAGAUGUACAUGGAGUUGGAUGGGGAUGAGGUAGCCAUCACCUACAUCAAGGACGUCACCUUUAAUGCCAACAGACCCGAUGUGGAUGUUGUUAAGAUGACCAAGCCACCAUUUGUGAUGGACAAGUGGAUAGUGGGACUGUCAGACAACCAGGCUGUUGACUGUGUGGUUAAUUACGAGAAUGAUGUCAGAUCCCCCAAGGCCACCAGACACAGCCACGUGGUCCGGUGGAACCCUUUGAGUGGGCACGAUGACAUCAGAACCGUGGAGCUGGUGAUACAGACCGCGCAGUCCGACAUCGAGGGGGUCCCUCGGAGCAGGUCAAACUCAGACGUCGACCCCUGGUGGAUGCUCCACCUGAGGAGGAAGCAGCUGGAGAGCCAAUCAGAGCAGCAGCGAAUGGCGAGAACUCCCUCCAGCUGCAGCGAGGCGAAGACCUUACCCCAGUUCCUCAGCAUGUGCGGGAACCAGACCUCCUACGCGGCGGCCGUCAGGAAGUCGCCAAACCGCAGCCCCCUCUCCCCGUGGCCCGACUCCCGCAGCUCCUCGCCCACCUUGGGCCUCCCCAGGAAGCUGUCAUCUGUCCACCUGGGGUCAAAGGGCAGCAGCCCCUCCAGCACCACCUCAGAGAGCGCGUCGGAGAGAGAGCGCCGCCCCAGCGGGGAAGCCAGGCCCGGCCAGCGCAAGAACAGCUACUCCGGGUACUCCCCCACGGCGGUGGGAGGGCACAGCAGCUGGAGGUCCCCCGCGGGCACCAGGUCCGGCAGAGGCUUCCACCACGGGGGCCGCCCCAGGUCCCAGAGCUCCAGCACGGCCACUCACAGCAGCGUCCGACCAAUACCGGGCAUGGCGGCUGCGGUGGGCGGUGGCAAGGCGGAGUCAGAGGAGGCCAAAGUCGGCGAGGGCGGCUGGAUCAAAGUGGAGCGGGUGAAGAAGUCACCGAGACAGGACAAUAAGCACACCAGGGGACGGCCCUGGAGAGGGGGCAGGGGCGGGCGGGGCCGAAGCUGAGGUCCUCUCCACACCCGAAACCUGCUAAGGUGUCUGCAUUGUUCUCAUUUGAAUGGCGCUGUAGCUUCAGAUUAUUUUGUCCUCUCUCCCUGAAAUAAAGACUUUUUUCAUAUGUGUAUGGAAAAAAAUCAUAAGUACUGUGCUCCCCAGGCCUAUUAGUUGUAAAAAGGUAGUAUAGCGUUACUGUAAAGACCAACACACUUUUCUCUCACUAAUGUAAAGUCACAAAAGAAUGUGCACUGUCCCUGGCAUGUAAUACUCUGGGUGAGUAACAUAAACUGCGUGCCAGACUGCGUCUUUAGCACUCAAUGUGUACACAUGCACUGAUGUAUUACCAAUGUUAAAGUAUAGUUUUGUGUGUAAUUUUGCUAUUAGCCACAUGGAUA